AUGCUAGUGGCCCCCAAAAAGCGUCAGGCUGCGACGGAUUAUGCCACUAAACUGGAGGUGGCGUCUGAAUACGCCAAGUUGAAAAAGUUCAACAAGGGAGAAAGCAUUGAGCAAUUCCUCCAAAGGUGGGAAACAACCUACGCAAAGGCUGUAAAGCUCAAGCUCUCGGAAAUACACGAGGAAAGGCCCCUCUUUGACCUUCUAUUGGCGCUCAGACCAAUCUACCCUGCCUUCUCAGUGGUGCAUGAGCAUCGGGUAGACCAGAAUAUCAGGGAUAAAUCCACACUGCCAGAUCUGUACGAUAUGAUUGAGGAUUUCAGGAGAACGCCUCAAAGCCAAAAUGCCUGUGUGGACUCCCCCACAAGCGCCAGGAUUGUUUCUACCUGA